UUCACCAUGGCCGCGACGCGUCCAAGAAGCGCGUUUCAUCCCCGCCAGUUAGCAUAGAUACUCAUCCGUCUCUCCCAGUCGUUCUGCUGCUCUGCAUCCUCCGCCUUUUCCCUUCCAGAUCACAACCUUCUCAAUCGUCAGAGAUGACUACUGGCACCAGGUCUAGUCUUCUAAGCACAUUGCCCAAGGAUAUACCAGCAAGCUUUCUGAAGCAAAUCACAAAUGAUUUCUCUCCUAAGCUAGAACUUGGUAAAGGUGCAUUUGGAACUGUCUACCAGGGAAUUGCGGAGAAUGGGGAAAUGAUUGCUGUGAAGAAACUUGGGGAAAACUCUCCUGUGCCGAAUGAGAGAACAUUUAGUAACGAGGUAUGUAAUCUUAUGGCAGCCCAACAUGAAAAUAUAGUGAAGUUGGUGGGCUACUGUCAUGAAUCACAGAAGAAGGUGGUGCAACACAAUGGAAGAUAUAUCAUUGUAGAUAUAGCAGAAGUUUUUCUCUGCUAUGAAUAUCUACCUAUGGGAAGCCUUGACAAGUAUCUAUUUGGCAAAUCUAAUAGAAUCGACUGGGACACACGGUUUAGAAUAGUUCAAGGAAUCUGCAACGGUUUACAUUUCCUACAUAAGGAAAUGGAUCAGCCUGUCGUUCACAUGGAUCUUAAGCCCGAAAAUAUUUUGUUGGGUGAUAAUAUGGUCCCCAAAAUUGCUGAUUUUGGACUUUCCAGACUCUUUGGUCAAGAGCAAACUCGAAUGAACACUCAAAAUGUUGUGGGAACUGUAGGAUAUAUGGCUCCGGAAUAUCUAUAUAGAGGUGAAAUCUCUACCCAGUCAGACAUAUAUAGUUUGGGUCUACUAAUCAUUCAGAUAAGCACCGGAGAAAAGAAUAUUCCUAACACUGAAGACAAGUGUGGACGAAAAUUUAUUGAGAAAGUACAAAAAAGUUGGACAGAUGGCCACAUAUCAUCCAUGUACACAUCAUUUGAUCCAGAUUGCCUCCAGCAACUUAAAAUGUGUGUUGAAAUUGGGUUACAAUGUGUGGAACAUGAACGCAAGAUGAGACCUUCCAUAGCGGAUAUUGUUGAAAAGCUCAAUGCAAUGCAGGAAUGAGGUCUCUCAGUCCCAGCAAGUUUCGAACAUAUUGGUCUCCAGAGGAUGACAGAUCGGUAUCCAAGAUGGAUAAAGCAUGUUUGUUAUUCGUAGACAGCCCAAAAUUCCUUUUGGAAUAAGAUCCUUUCUUUUAUCAUCUCAUUAUGGAAACUAUCACAUUAUAUUCCUUCCAUCAACACCAGAACUGCUGCUCCAAAUAUCUUUUCUUGUAAUCAUUAUGUAAAGAAGUAUUUAAAUUAAGGGAUGGUACCCAACAGUUCCUUUAAAAUUCCUAUUGAAUGGGCUACUCCAAAUGAAUUUUGGAGGAAUCUAAACAGACCUAAUGGUUUUCUUCAUA